AUGAAUGGGCCGGCCCGGGCGCUGUACUUUGACAGCCGGGAGCGGGUGCUGAAGUUGGGAGAGAGUUUCGAGAAGCAUCCGCGCAACGCCUUCCACACCGUGCGUUAUGACUUUAAACCUGCAUCUAUUGACACCUCUUGUGAAGGAGAUCUUGAAGUUGGCAAAGGUGAACAGGUGACAAUAACACUGCCAAAUAUAGAAGGCUCAACUCCACCAGUAACUGUUUUCAAAGGCUCAAAGAAACCUUACCUAAAAGAAUGUAUUUUGAUUAUUAAUCAUGACACUGGAGAAUGUCGACUAGAAAAACUCAGCAGCAACAUUACUGUAAAGAAAACAAGAGUUGAAGGAAGCAGUAAAAUUCAGUGUCGACUAGGAAAGCAGCAACAACAGAUAAGAAAUGCAGUCAGAAUACCAAACAAUGUGAAACACUCUCCACCAAAAGAAAAAAUUUCUCCAGAAUUGCCUAUGGAUGAGAUUGAAAGAGAACUGAAGGCAGAAGCAAGUAUAAUGGACCAGAUGACUAGUUCUGAUAGCUCUUCAGAAUCCCAAAGUUCUUCAUCUUCAAGUAGUGAAGAUGAUUCUAGUGAUUCAGAAGACGAAGGGUACAAACACUCUCAUUCUAAUUCAGUAAAAUUUGUGCCAGUCCAUCAAACCUCAUCUGCUGAACCACAACAAUGGAUGCCUGAUACAGAGGCCAUGCAGAACAGAUCUCACAGUGGAAGUGGCCUUCUGAUCAAUACAUUAAGAAAUGAUUUGCAGCUGAGUGAAUCAGGAAGCGACAGCGAUGAAUGAAGAAAUUAUGGGCCUUAACAUGAAUAUUUUUAAAAAUUAGAAUAUCAAAAAAUUUGUUUUGCACUAAGAUUAAAAUUUCUCCAGACUGAGAACUGUCUCAACUUUUGAUGAUAAUGGAAAUGUAAUUUGAUUCUGAAUUUUCUGCUGAUGUUAUAUGGAAACAACACUGCUUUGAUCUACUUGGUUUAUUUAGUUUCCUGAGUUCAAAUUUGGCCUCAGCUACUUACUAGCUGUGUGAC